GACAGAAGAUAGGCGUGUGGCAGUUGAAGAAGUCCUAGCCAGCAAAGGUAACCUGCCCAGUUCCCAAUUAGCAGCUGAUAUAUUCCUCGAGGUAAAUAGAUCAAAAAUGUAUGUCCUUGGCUAAUGGUACUUCAGAUGCCGACCAUCCCAAUUCCAUGUACCAACUGCCUGCGAUUCCACUACGGGGUCUGUUACGAUCCUCCAAAGCAAUGCUACCGAUGUGGUGGAUCUAGCCACAUUGAAAGAUACUGCCCGCACAAGCGCCGCAUCCAGAAUGACCCCGGGGAGCCUCUUCCAGGUACUCGUGCUUGGUGCGAUAAACACGGGUUGGACCAUGACCCCGAGCUGAAGCGGAAAAUUUUAAACGCCAUCAAAACUUCGCCUGGGUGUGCGAUCUGGGUUAACGACGUAUGCAUAUAUGGUGGCAAUCAACAGCACUUUGUGCGUGAUGACCGGCCUAGAGGUCGCCCACUGGAGGAACGCAUCACCCGCCGACGUUCCAGAUCUCCACUUAGAGAAAGGUUCGAACGACGUUCACCCUCGCCAUUAAGAAGAUACGAUCAUUGGGGAUACGACGUAUCGCCGCCUGGUAUGCGAAGACAGUCCGUCUAUGACCAACGGAGAUCUCGAUUUAGAUCGCGAAGUCCAAUUCGACGACGGUCUCCCUCUCCAUACUAUCGACCCAAACCAAGGCCACGAUCCCCGCGAUAUACUAGAGAUAGCAAUGCCGAUGUUUACAGGCCCAAAGACAACUCGCCUGGAAGUUCCAAGCAGACUUCGUUCAUUCCAGAAUUCCACGCCCCGCUGAGCAAUGUCACUAAUAUCAACAAUGCCACAGAAGCCACAACGCUUAGAACUGAGAAGCCAACGAACGAACGACUGGUCCCUGAGGCACAGAAGAGGAAUGAAAGUUACACAUUACGUUCCUCCCCACCACAAGCACCAGUACGCGAGGAGCCUCAUGUGGAUGACCCGCACUUGGUCUUGGGAGUUGUACAGGGAGCCGGAGAGCAAGAGUAAGUCUCCCUGACAUAUUAUCCUGUUUCACUCCUCUGAGACUAACAACUACCUGCAGGAUCUGCGAUGCGUACCUACAGAAAAUGUGGGAGAUUGAGAUGGAUAGGAUGGGUGUUGCAAAUGGCCCACAGGAAGAGGGAUCUGAGACCCCGGUCUUCGAGCAGAGCAUCAAAGUCUUGAAUGCAGCCAGGAAACAGAUUAUCGGAUACUAAGGGAAUUUGCAAGGAGAAUAGGUUAUCGGGGUACCAGUUGCUCGGAAUGAGAAAGCGAGGAGUUGAAAUAGUUUACAAAGAACUGUUGUGAAUUGUAGGGAUAUUGCCUGGGCUUCUGCUGGGGAUGUACAGAAAGCUUUGUUGUUAAAUACGAGGGCAUGACUCGCUAUUUAGCA